AUGGCAGCGAUAGAUCAGAUGCCAUUGGUGAAGUCUGUCGUGUACGAGUGUCUUCGGAUUGAUCCACCAGUGCCUCUCCAAUAUGGCAAAGCUAAACGUGACUUUACUAUUGAGUCGCAUGAUGCUGUUUUCAAUGUGAAAGAAGGUGAGAUGUUAUUCGGGUUCCAACCUUUUGCGACUAAGGAUCCGAUAAUAUUUGACCGGCCGGAGGAAUUUGUCGCCGAUCGGUUCGUCGGAGAAGGAGAAAAUCUGCUGAAGUAUGUGUGGUGGUCUAAUGGACCGGAGACGGAGAGUACAACGGUCGGAAAUAAGCAAUGUGCCGGAAAAGACUUUGUUGUGCUGAUAACGAGGCUGUUCGUGGUUGAACUUUUCCGGCGAUAUGACUCUUUCUCCAUCGAUGUCGGUGCAUCUGCUUUGGGUUCGAGUAUCACUAUGACGUCGGUGAAGAGAGGUAGUACUAGAAGAGUAAUUUGA